AUGCCUCAUUUUCCAUUCCCUUGCUCCGCCCCCUCCCGUGAUACUAGUGAUCCUGAUGAUAUGGACGUACACGCUAUACGAAAGAUCGAGAAAAGUUCUGUGUGUAUUUGGGUUGUCUUGGUUGUUAUUUAUUAUAUCCCAUGUCGUGCCCAGAUAAUAGGUGCUGUGGGCGCAUGGGCUACCGUGAAUUGGUUGAAGAUGUCUUCGAGUCAAGGGUUAUUAGAGACGUCUUCGUCUACGCAGAGCAACGGGUUUCUACUACGUCACCUUGGUUAUGGGUCUUUGUUAGGGGCCGAAACUGUUGUCGUUCUCCUCACGGUAGGAAAGGCGAUAAAUAUAGCAUGUAGAAGAACAGGAAUCGUGUGCCGGGGCAUGAGCCUACCUCACCGACUGGCGAAAGUGUUCAACGAGUGUGGUAUAUGGUUUUAUCUCUGUGUUCUCGCAUUCACACUUACGGAUGUUCUGUUGCUUGUUAUCUCCCCGGAUGGAAAAGUACAAUUUGACUCCCCGCUACGCGUAAUGCACACGGUGCUGGUGUGUCGACUGGUCCUGCACCUUCGAGGGGUUGCGAUGAAGAAGGUAGGAGAAGAGAAAGACGCAGGGAUGUAUGACACGGAAGAUGUGGGAUCACAGAUUAGGAGUUUAAGGGACUUGGAUAGUGGGCCGUAUACACCUGGACCGAUUUCAUCGAGUCGCAAUGGGACGGGGAUGUGUUGA